AUGGCCUUCUUCUCCCGACUAGACCUUCAGGAGGGCCUCCAAACUCUCUCUGUUUUGCAGUGGAUUGCAACCUAUAUAAUUUUAGGAGCUAUUCCCAUUCUCCUUAUACCCUACUUUCUGGUGUUCACUAAAUUCUGGUCCUUGGCUGUGCUCUCCUUAGCCUGGCUCGCUUAUGAUUGGAACACCCACAGUCAAGGUGGUAGGCGUUCAGCUUGGGUACGAAAUUGGACCCUCUGGAAGUAUUUCCAAAAGCACUUCCCAAUAAAGCUGGUGAAGACUCAUGACCUUUCUCCCAAACACAACUAUAUCAUUGCCAACCACCCACAUGGUAUUGUCUCUUAUGGUGUCUUCAUCAACUUUGCCACUGAGGCCACUGGCUUUUCUCAGAUUUUCCCAUCCAUAACUCCCUUUUUAGGGACUUUGGAAGGGAUCUUCUGGAUCCCAAUUGUGCGAGAAUAUGUGAUGUCAAUGGGUGUGUGCCCAGUGAGUAAGUUGGCCUUGAAGUAUGUGCUGACCCAGAAAGGCUCAGGCAAUGCCAUAAUUAUUGUGGUGGGUGGAGCUACUGAAGCCCUCUUGUGCCAUCCAGGAGCCUCCACCAUCUACCUCAAAAAGCGUAAAGGUUUUGUAAAGUUGGCACUGAAGACAGGGGCAUACCUUGUCCCUUCCUAUUCCUUUGGCGAGAAUGAGGUUCACAAUCAGUUGACUUUUCCUGAAGGCUCAUGGAAAAGGUUCCUCCAAAACAUCUUCCAGUACACCGGCAAAAAAAUCCUGGGACUAAACUUCUGUAUCUUUCAUGGUCGGGGCCUCACUCGUGGAUCCUGGGGCUUCCUGCCUUUCAAUAGGCCAAUUACCACUGUAGUUGGAGAACCCCUGCCAGUUCCCAAGAUUAAGAAGCCAAACAAGAAGACCGUGGAUGAGUACCAUGCCCUCUACAUCAGUGCUUUGUGCAAGCUGUUUGAUCAACACAAAGUUGAAUAUGGCCUCCCUGAGACCCAGAAGCUGACAAUCCUAUAACAGGGACCAUUUUCCCUUUACUAAAUCCCCAAUGCCAUAAGAAAUCCAUGUAAAGCCACAGGGAAAAAAGAAUUGGAGGAAAGGGGAGGAUUUCAAGGAUGAAAGGGGAGGCCAAACAAGCAGGAAGUACUUAAUGAAUUGGGGUUUCAGUAAUGGAAUUAUCUCCCAAAUGGCCAAAGCAGAUUUGGAGGAAGGAACCAAAAGUGAGGGGAGGACUGGAGAGAGCUAGCUAGAAAAGUAAGUGACUACAUCACUCCUAGUUAUUCUAGGGUAUCAACCCAGUUUGAGAGUCUAGUGAGCCAGUCCAGCUAACUGUCUGAUCAGUGUAAUGAGAAGCAAAA